AUGCCUCCGUCAGAGUCGGAGCGUGAGACGUACAGUCGGGAAACGGAUCGGUUUGGUAGAGAAUCUGAUGGCCAGACGUCUAUCACUAGCGCACAAUCAAUUCAACUGCCAAACGGCUCGAUCGGUGGCUUCUAUCAUCCGAAGCACGACACUGGCAAGCAUCGUGGUUCCUUGGAUAAGUAUGUUCUUCAGGCAUUUUUGCAAGGCCUCUUCUCUGCUGUUCUCCUGUACAAUGCUUAA